CGUUCCCCAUCAAAGUAUCUAGGGUUUGGGUAUAUAAAGGCGCCGACAACGUGCUGUACUAGAUCAGACCCCCCAUAUUAUCCCGGUAAAGGCUGUAGAUAUCCGAUUCGUUGCACGAACAAAAUUUCUUGAAAAGCAAGCAUCUCAGUGUUCCUUCUUAAUGGACGAACAAAAUGGGACUGUAAAUGGUGUUCAAAUCAAGUUGGAGGAAGAAGAAGAAACUAAUGACGCCCACAGAACUACUACUCCCGACCAUCAAAACGACGACGUUGGCGCAUCUCAACCCCAUACCGGAGAUGGUGCUAGUCCCGGUAAGAUAUUUAUUGGGGGCUUGGCUAGAGAGACAACUUCAGCUCAAUUUGUCAAGCACUUUGGUAAAUAUGGUGAAAUUAUUGAUUCCGUGAUUAUGAAGGAUAGGCGAACAGGACAGCCACGUGGGUUUGGUUUUGUGACUUAUGCUGACCCCUCUGUGGUGGAUAAAGUCAUUGAGGAAGACCAUGUUAUAAACGGAAAGCAAGUGGAAAUCAAGCGAACUAUACCUAGAGGAGGAGGUUCCAGCUCAAAAGAUUUCAAGACGAAGAAGAUUUUUGUGGGUGGCAUCCCAACAACAAUUAGUGAAGAUGAGUUCAGUGAAUUCUUUUCAAAGUUUGGAGAGGUGAAAGAGCACCAGAUCAUGCGAGACCAUUCUACUGGUCGUUCUCGCGGCUUUGGAUUCAUUACUUUUGAGACAGAAAAUUCUGUUGAGGAUAUCUUGGCUAAUGGAAACAGGCUUGAUUUUGCUGGAACCCAGGUGGAAAUCAAGAAGGCUGAGCCUAAGAGACCUAAUGCGCCACCACCAGCCCCAUCCAGGCGUCAAGGUCAUCCGAGAGCUGCAUUUGGCAGUGGAUUUUCAGAUUCAUAUGGUGGAUAUGGAGACUCUGGUUUUGGUGCUGGUCCUUAUAGGUCCGGUGGCCCUUAUGGUGGCAGAUCCGGUGCAUUUGGUGGUUAUAGUGGAGCCGGAAUGGGUGGGUAUGGAGCAGCAUAUGGUGGCAGUGGGGCCUACGGAGGCGGCUUCAGAGAGGAGGCUUCUUUUGGGUAUUCUAGCCGUUAUGGCGGUGGUGCCUUUGGUAGAGGCUAUGAUGUUGGUGGUGGCUAUGGGGGACCCAGUGAAGGUUAUGGAGGAUAUGGUGCCGGUAGCGGUGGAUAUGGCAGUGGAUAUGGUGCUGGUCUUGGGGGUGGUUAUGGCGGAGAUGCUACCGGAGGUUCUAUGUAUGGAAGUAGUAGGGGAAGCUAUGGUGGUUCUGGUUCUAGCAGGUAUCACCCUUAUGGGAGAUAGAAAGCUGAAAUAUUGAGGGGCAGAGCUGAAUUGUCUUUGGCUUGGUGAUUUUAAGCUUAUGGCCAAAGAUGUAUGCGCAUUGCGUAAUGAGGCAAUUGUUGAGAUCUAAUCUUGUUUUUUUUUUUCUCGAUUUUUAAAUGAAAAAUCUUAAGUUCUGUUAAAUCUAUGUACUUGCUCAAUUUAUAUACUGGUUUCUUUAAUAUCGAUUGGUUUAUCAAGGAAAAUAUGGUUCUGCCA